CUCCAGCAGCCAACUAACUUCUAAGCUUCAUCCUUAUUAUUAUCAUUCCCAUCACCAUUGUCCCCUGUCGUGGUCAUGUCGCCCCCUAAGGAGGACUCCAAGGCCGGCGACGCCACCAUCACCGUCAACAUUGACGAGUUCACCAGGACCCGCGACAGUGUGAUCAUCAGUCUCGCGCAACUCCAGUCUGCCGUCUCCGACCUGUCGCGCGCCUACAUCAACCACACCAACACCGUCCUGAACCCUGGCUCGGCUGGCAUUGACACCGGCAUCACAAGCGGCAUUACCAGCGCCCUUCUUGAAAAUGGUCUGCUGGGCCGUCUCGCCAGUCCCGGUGUGAACCCGGAAAUUGGCGACAAGAAGAGAAAGAAGAGACGCGCUCAUGAUCCCAAUGCGCCCAAACGCGCUCUGACCCCGUACUUCCUCUUCAUGAAGAGCAACCGUGCCCGCAUUGCAGAGGAAUUGGGCUCUUCUGCCACCGCUGGCGAGGUCAAUGAUGAAGGUCUCAAAAGGUGGCAUAAUAUGCCAGCCGAUGAGAAGGAGCACUGGAGAUCAAUCUACCAAGACAACCUCGCUACCUAUCGAAAGAAAAUGGAGGCCUACAAGGCUGGUCUCCCUGUCCCCGAAGACGAGAACGAGGGAAAAACAGCCAGCCCACCAGAACAGGCCGCCGCGACCCAUGAAUCCGAAGACAUGUCCAGCUCAUCCGAGGAGGAAGAGGAAGACAAGGAGUCCUCCCCAGAACCAGUCAAGGAGCCUACUCCCCCCCCUCCCUCUCGCAAGCGCCGUCGCAGCGAAGCCAAGACGCCCAAGCAGGCUCCUUCUCCCGUCUUGACCAGGAAGGAAUCCCCUAAGAAGGAAUCUCCCGAGAAGAAGAAGCGCGAUACUGCCGCCAAGGAAAAGGAGGCCCCUAAGGAAAAGGAGAAGCCCAAGCCGAAGGAGCCAGAGGUCGGCACUCCAGCCCGGAAAGGUGCUAAUGGCGAGAGACGGACUAGGAAGAAGCGUAAGAGCGAGGUCACCGAAGCUUGAAUGACGAAGAGCAAAUAGAUGCAGGCAUUUGCUUCAUGGCGGGGUCGGUUAUUGUCUGUUGUUUUUGGUUCUCAGUAGGUUUGUAGCUCAAUGGAUCGUCUGUCUUGCUUUUGUUUUGUUAGCUAUGGCAUAUGCAGGUACAAAAUUUACAGAAUGCAACUUUUCAACUCAUCA